UUCUCUCUCUCUCCCACUUUUUAAUAUUCACCCCUAUACUUUCAUUUUUCUUGUGCUUUAAUUUACGUGUUGCAAGUGCUUAUAAUAUUCCACUCACACACUCAAAUAAAUCCAUUCAUACGUAUUAUAUAUAGUGUAGUACUAGUGAUGUAUCACUAACGCUUCUUAAUACUUUCUCCGUCCACAACACUUCACUGUUUAUUGUCUCUCCAUAACUCUCUUGGAAGAAAGAUGAAGAAGAAGAAGAAUUUGAACUUGGAACUUCGUCUUUUUCCUCCUUCCAUUUCUGAUAUUUGUCCCACAAUGAAAGAAGAAGAAGAAAGUGAGAGUCCACAAGAAGAUCAUCAGCAGCAGUACAGGCCAUUGACCAUUGUCUAUGAUGGCAAGAUUUCUGUGACUGAUGCUACUGAGAUUCAGGCCAGGUCCAUUUUAAUGCUUGCAAAAAAAGAAAUGGUGAGGACACCAACUGGAUCAUCAUCAGAGCCAUCUUCACCAUCAGUGUUUAAUUUGUAUAGCCCUAGUACUUCUCUUUCCAUGCAAAAAUCGUUGCAGAGGUUUCUCCAAAAGAGGAAGAAUCGGAUUCAAGAAGCAUCCCCUUACCAUCUUAAGAUAAAUCAGCAGAAUUAAUUAAUUAAUCAAAAACUACAAAUUAAAAUUUUGCUUUUGUUGUGUUAGAUCACCUAUAUACUAGUAGUAUAUCUUUCAACAAAAGGUCUAUGUCAAGUUUUUCAACUGCUUGUAAAUUAAGUAGCAUUUGUUAAUCAUACAUCCUCGUGGACAUGCUGUGAAAUCUGCACAACUUUUGCCUAUUGUUUUAAGGUUUUAAUAUUUAAUCAAAGAAAUUCUACGGUUCUGUCCAAGAAAAA